UAAUUGAUUACUCAGAAUUUUGUUAUAAUGUGUGAAUAGGUGGUGAAUAAAAAAUCAAUAAUCCAUUAUCAUGCAGGAUUAUUUAUGUUAAUGAGUUGUUGAGCGCCAUGUUAAGAAGUAAACAGGUCAAAAACCAAAACAUAAUCAGGUGUUGUUCCAAAUGACCUGUCAAGAUUGAGCUUGGAGACGAGUUCUAAAUUUAAGCGCCUAAGAAAAGAACGAAGAAUGAUGCAAGAGUGAAGGCACUUUAAGAGAAACUACUCAAGAAAGUCAUAAUUGAGAAAAUCGAUGAAGAUGAGCUUAAAUCAGAGGAAUUGAGCCUCCAAAAUGGCUACUGAUAUUGGCCAGCUUCACGAAGAAGCAACUUCAUCAUCCUUUUUAAAUAUAUAUUUUGUAUAACAACACAAUGGAAGUUGUUGGGGAUUAUGAGUACAGCAAGAAGGAUUUGAUAGGGCAUGGUGCCUUUGCUGUCGUGUUUAAAGGAAGGCACAGAAAGAGACCAAAUCAUGUGGUUGCCAUUAAAAGCAUCACUAAGAAGAACUUGGCCAAGUCUCAAAAUCUGCUGAGCAAGGAAAUCAAGAUUUUAAAGGAAUUGUCAGACCUUCAUCAUGAGAAUGUAGUGGCUUUGUUAGACUGUAAGGAAACAACAAACCAUGUUUAUUUGGUAAUGGAGUACUGCAAUGGAGGGGACUUAGCAGAUUAUCUUCAGACUAAAGGAACUUUAAGUGAAGACACCAUUGCAUCAUUUUUGCGACAAAUUGCUGCUGCAAUGCAAGUGAUGAAUGGCAAGGGCAUUGUACACAGAGAUCUGAAGCCACAGAAUAUUCUCCUUUGUCACGAUGGCAAGCCAAACACCCCAUCUACAGAAAUGAGGCUGAAGAUUGCUGAUUUUGGCUUUGCUCGUUUCCUGAAUGACGGUGUUAUGGCUGCGACUUUAUGUGGAUCCCCCAUGUAUAUGGCUCCUGAAGUGAUCAUGUCCCUGCAGUAUUGUGCUAAGGCAGACCUGUGGAGUAUAGGCACCAUUGUGUUCCAGUGCCUCACUGGCAAGGCCCCAUUCCAGGCACAGACCCCUCAACAGCUCAAACACUUCUACGAAAAACAUGCAGAGCUCAAGCCAAAUAUACCGAAAGAUACUUCACUUGAGCUGAGAGAUUUGUUGUUAAAAAUGUUGAAGAGAAAUGCAAAAGACAGGAUAGAGUUUGAGGAUUUUUUCAAGCAUCCUUUCCUCAAACCACCAGGGCAAUCAGCUGCAGCAUCAUCCUCACCUGUACCGGUCCCUGGCCGAGCCUCCCAGGGGUGCUCCUCGGAGAGCCCCACCCCUCCCAGGUGUGUGUCCGCAUCACCCUUAUCAGGGAAAGCCGACUACUCCACUCCUCCCUCAAAGGUUGUACAAAUGGUGAAGCAGCAAGAAGUGGCAGAAGCCAUGCAAGGUUCUACACAUGACGAAGAGUUCUUAAAAGUUGAUAAAGGACCGACUCCCCGCAGUAAUAGUCCCACAGAGCAUGACUUUGUGCUGGUGCCGGACGGAAUGAGCGAUCAAUCUGACGGCAGUGACAAAGGAAGAGCUCCAUCCACCGAGGACCUACAGGGCCUGGGUGAGCGAGCCCAGCCUCAAGUGGUGAGGGUGGAGCCCCAGGUUGGUUCUGUGGCAUAUAAGAAAGACUCGGGGGAUGUUUCCAGCCCUAGUAGGCCGUCAUCACUCCCCAUGCAGUCCAAUAACCAGUCGGAGCCCAUCCCGGUCCCCACCCAGGUCAAAGCCUAUGAGCGAAUCAGGUCCAGCAGUUCUCCACUCUCAAGUCCACGCAAAUGUGGAACAGAACCAUCCCCCCUUGACUCCGCAAAAUUAUCUAGUCAAAACAUCAAGAUCUCCCCUCAGCCUGAGAGUAAAUUCUCUGCUCCAGACAUUGGCUCCUUUUCACCUCCUACAGGUACAUUGAAGUUCAGUGUCGGAACUCCUCCUAAUGUUUCCACUCCUUGGAGAAGGGGCAGCAUUGGCAGCUCUCAGGGUGGGGCCAUAUACCACCCCCCUAGCAAUGCAUCAAACUCCCCAAGUCGACGAGCAAGUAUGGGUAGUUCACCCUCGGGCUUUAACCGCAACUUCUCAAGCCCUGGGUCAUUGCCCACUAUCUUGGAUGCAUCACCUCAUUUUGAAUUGAACCAAGAGCCUCAGUUUACAGACAAUAUGCCCACUGUCCCAGUCAGGGCACCAUUUGGGCAGAGUAAACCCAAAGCCAUUCCAGAGAGUAAGGGCACAAAGAGAUACCACCCCUCAGAAGUUGACAGAGUGAAACUUAACUUGAUGGAACGCUGCAAUACCGACCCAGGGGCAGCAGGAGGGAUGAGCAUGCUGUCCCAGCAGAUGAAAGUGGCCUAUAUGAAUCAGCAAGGGCUGAACCAGUUGGAGGGUCAAGUGGUGAGGUACACCAGCAAUGAGAACUUGGUGUCCCCCAAUGACAACACGGUCCAAAUGGACACCCAGAGGUCGGGGACGGGUCUGAGGCGGACCAUGAGUGCCACCACCCCACCCUCAAACCUUAUGUUUGCUCAGUCUCCACCUAACAUGGAGGGACCAGUAGCCUUUGUGGCUCCUGGCCUUGCAGAGGAAACUCUGAUGGGGGAUAACCACAAUGAAAUAAUGGCCAAACUGAGUUUUGUGAAUGAUCUGGCAGAUUGUGUGAUGGAGUUGGCCAUGGCUAAGGGAGCUCCAUUGAAUACCCUCUCAGAGUCAGUCAACUGGAAACAGGGUGAAGGUCCAUUGCAUGGAGAUCAAAUGCCCAAAUUUAUUGAAGCACAAAGGUUGCUGGAACAGCUGGUUCUUUAUGUCCGGUCCUUACAGUUACUAUCCUCCUCCCUACAGUUGGCCAGGAGGGAGAUCAAGGACGAACGCCUCCAGAUCAGCAACGCUCUCAAAACCUUGUUGAAGCAGAUGAAUGAGCGCUACCAUCGGUGUGUGUCUGUCUGUAAACACAUCCAGCAGAGGCUGGGCAUCACCAUGCAGAACGCCCUCACCCCACAGGUUGUCAUAGCAACCGCUGACAAGCUCAUCUACAACUACGCCAUUGAAAUGUGUCAAACUGCUGCUCUUGAUGAAUUGUUUGGAAAUCCUCAAGAGUGCUUUAAGCGCUACAACACCGCUCACAUCCUGCUUCACAGUUUGUCCCAGCAAGCCAGGAACAGCAACGAUAAACAGCUCCUGGAUAAAUAUAAAGAUGCAGUGGAGCGAAGAUUGUCCCACAUACAGGCUACACAGAACUAUUACCCCCAGUUUGAGAUCAGUUGAUGACAGUGUGUUUAUCUUCAUCCGGGGGUGUGUAAAAUACAGUGAUAUAAUAACAAGAACAAAAACUCACCAACCCAUGGUGUCAAAUCACUUUUUAAUCUCUUCCUUACCACAAAAAAAAAGAACAUGUACAGAUGAUGAUGAAACAGUUAACUAAAUAAUCUUAAAAAAAAAAUUACAAAUGUUUGAGGGAAAAAAAUGUUAAAAAAAACGUGAACUGUCAUACCACUGCUGCCUAUUAUCAUAAAUAUGAUGAUGAAAUGACUAUCAGUAUAUGGAGAUCGCUAGCAAUACUCAGGGAUGAUACAGCUUAUCUCCAGACAGCAACUCAUCAGUGAUAGGAAUCUAAGACUAUUGGAGAUCAGUGUGCUAAAGGACAAAAAAAAUGACAUUGGAAUGAUAUUACAUGGAGAAGUUACAUGUAUAUACUGACGGUUCAAGGGAUCGUGUAAUAUGAUUUACAGGUAGACAAAAUUAUGUGGACCUCUGCAAGAGAAGGAUCUCAAACUGUGGCGUAUUUCCUUAUGACAAGGGUAUUCUUUGUAUUCUGACCUGUUGUAGGCUAUUGAUUAUGUGUGAGUGAUUGAUAUUGAUUGAUUGAUUGAUUGAACAAGUGUUUGAUUUAUUUAUAGGAAAGUGAGUGUGAAGAGGGGAUAUACAUACAUGUAUACGUAUAUGAAUUUAAAACUGCAGUGAUAUAGCUAUGGCUGGUAUUGAUACUCUCUUUAAAAGAAUGGAGAGUGUCAGAAUAUAUGAUAUUCAUAUAAGUUAUGGCAGAUAUAAACUUCUACAUUACUUUACUGAAGGUUUUGUUCAAAAGCUGUUUAAUUGCUUUUAGAGUACUCAGUGUAUUAGCAUAUCUACGAAACAUUUUGUUGUUUUGCUAUGUUUUAUGCCAAAUCGUAUCCCUCCACAUUUAUUUACGCGAUUGUCUCCCUUGUGUUCAAUGUCUUGCCAAUGUAUUUUUUUCAUUCAUACAAUUUAAGCAUGGAUAUUUGUACCAUUUUCCAUUGGUUUUAAAACAUCAAUUCUAUGUAUCAUUUCCCCCUUCUAAUGGUCAUUUUUCAGACAUUCAUGCAAAUUUUCUGCUCCUCGUGUCAUCCAUUAAUUAAUGAGGCUUCGUGUAUGUAGAUGAGCAUCAAAGACGUGCUAAAAAACUCAAUGCUUUGCUUUUUUUUCAAGUGCUAAAAUAGAGAUAGAGAAAACAAAUUAACUUACUGCCUUAUAUUAAAUUAACCUGUCUUUAGCAUUUAGCAAUAAUAUCACCCGGCACUGUUUUUAAUUACGUGCAUGUAUGUAGCUUGUAUUACAUAUUACAUGUUGUAAUAGAUUGCUUGAUGGAAUCGAUGUACACCUUUUAACUGCAAUAAUCUGCUGUGAAAGCUCUAUCAUUGUAGAAAGUCCAUCAACACCAUGAAAGUUGUGAUAGUCAAUACAUUCAUCCUUUUUAUUUGGUCAAUAUUCAAUAUUUAUAAUUUAUGCUUGGCUCUUUUUUAACAACUUCCCCUUAAUACAUGUACGUGUAAAUACUAAUGUUUAUCUCGAGUGUAUAUAUAUAUAUUUACGGGGUAAACUCUUUAGCUUAUUCCCUUUUUGCUAUAUUUUAACAUCCAUGUACUUAUUGUCUCCCAGUGAGGAUUUUGUAUAUGAACUUGAUAAAACAAACCUCUUGAAAUAUUUCUGUUCAGCUUUUAAUAAUGGAUGGAAAAAGCAAAUCGUACAAUGACAUAUGUUAAAAAGUUGUAUGAUUUUAAAGCAAGAGAAAAAAAAAAGACCCUUGUUUGAACAGAGAGGUUUUGAGAUGUUUAAGACAUUUUAUUAUGUGAAGCGAAAGUUAAGUAGAUUAGUAUUUUGUUGAUGUCAUGAUGAUAGUUUACAAUUAUUGGUCUUUCAGUAUUUUUGUUAUUUGUGAUUUUUAUUGUUUUUGCUGUAUAAUGGCUUAUUUAUACAACAGGAACUAAAUUACAUGAUACAUGUAUAUGGGUAUUGAUUUCAGUUCUUGGACUGAUAAUAACUUUAUCGUGAUGUUCAAGAUAAUUUGAGACGGACGCUGGAGAGACAUUUUAUGUUGUUUUUAUUAGUUGUAGUACGUCUUUCAUGUAUUUUAUUUUAUAAGUGGUGGCUUUGCCUCAUCACACCAUUUUAUUUGAAAUUCCAGAAUGUUUUUUAAGAAUUUUGUACAUAUGCCAAUGUACAUGUAAAUAUCUAGGAACUUGUACGAAAUUUUCCAAAAACAUUUCAAAAAAACAAUUGUGAUAUACAGAUUUUAAUGAUGAAAGAAAGAUCAAUAUUUAUAACUUAAAGACGACCAUUUCAGGAUUCAUAUGUAUUUUGGUUAUGGAGAGUAUAAACCAAUCUCGGAUCCUGCACUCGAUGGAUGAAUUUUUCUCUCUAGUCUUUCAUUGGCUUGAGAUCCACUUGUGUUCUUCUGUAGUACGUGUACCUUAGUAAUACCUCAGAACUCGAAGUAUGACAGGCAGGUGUACAUUGUAUGAAAGAAAUAAAUGAUUUCAUAUUUA